AUGAUCGGUGUCACGGACUGCCCCCAUGCGCUGCCGUCGCUCUUGGACAGCGAAGUGGUGGCCGUUGGGACGGUCCACUGCUCGAUCGAGGACUUGGCCCGUCCUUUGCGCUCGUCAAGCGAGAGCGACUACAACUCGGUCAUGCAGGCGCUGUACGGCUCGGACUUUAUCUACGGGUCACUCGUGCACAAGACGACGUUCCGACGCAUGUCUAAACAUCACACAACAACAACCACAGCAGCAGCAACAGUACCACCACCAACGACCUUUGCCCGGGGACCACCAGCUGUCGAGCAGCAGCAGUACCACCAGCUGGUGGUCAAAGCCUGUGCGUUUGCCCACACCUCAAUGUUUGACAAGACGAAUCAGCAGUUGGUCUACGCCGAACUGUUCUCGCCGAGUGCCACUGGCGGCUUUCGAAUUGCCACGUUUUCGCUCGCGGGACGAGACGUCACGACCGACAAGGACUUGGCCAUAAGGCGGCCAGCGCUGCAUCCAUUGCACCCGUUCAGUACGUGGAUUUCGGUCGAACCUGUGAGCUCGGGCGUGCACGUUGUGUUUCGCGCUCGUUUCCAUCGGUCCGAGAGCGACGGCGCGUGCUCGCCAAAGAUACUCACGGCCCGUCUCUAUAAGCUCGCCGAAGGCAUGUGCCGCCUUCGAAAGCUCCUACGACAGUCUCGACGUCUAAGUAGCAGCACGAACGACGGGAUGGCAGUAGGGCCUCGGAACUCCCGCUGCACGGUGUGCACACGUCGACUGUAUCGGCUUUUACUGUUACGGAGCUACACGCGCUGCGAACUGUGCGCCUACAAUGUGUGCAACACGUGCUGCUCGCACCAACAGGUGGCGAUCUACAAUCGACAUGUGGCUCCGCUACGCGUGUGCAGUCGAUGUCGCGAGAGUCUCGCGCGAAAAGACUUUGACAGUCAACUACGGGAUGUCUACGACCUGCGUCAAUCGAUUGCGUAG